AAAUAAAACAAAAAUAACCCUGUCCUCUUGUCUUGUCUAUCUCCCCUGUUGGCUCCAUCUUCUAAACCUAGACCUUCUUUGAUUCUACGAUUCAGCAGGGAGGGAAGGUAAGGUUCAAUCAGCCAGCCAGCCAGCCAGCCAGCCAGCAGGGCGGGCAGAAAGUAACCAAACCUCAUCCUCUGAUCGGAAACAACCUCCACGAUGAUUGAGGAAUCAUCGGGGAAGACAACGAAGAAGCAUCCAUGGUUUUGGAGUUCCGCUGUAGCUUCCAUGGUGCUAAGACUAGUACUCAUAGUCUACUUCCCAAACACUCUCCUCAACUUCUCCUCUCGCCCCGAAGUCUCCACCCCCAUCACAAGCCUUCGUCGCCUGGCGGAAGGUUAUUGGUUAAAGCAAUCAUCGAUGUCGCUGUAUGCUGGUUCAAUGUACCAUGGAUCUCCUCUUCUAUUAUCGAUCCUUGGGCCUCUCACUGAUGAUAGAAAAAGCUGAUGAACAGUAAAUUAUGUAGAAAAUUUUCCUGCUGGUGAUAUAGCCGCUCUUGUGUACCUAUGGAAUCCUUUGACCAUCAUCACGUGUUUGGGGUAUUCAACAUCACCGAUCGAAAAUCUCAUGAUUGUUUUGUCUCUAUACGGCGCAUGCAGGAGACUAGUUCGUCUAGCUGCUUUUGGAUGGGUGAUGGCAUCUCAUUUGUCCCUCUAUCCCGUUAUUCUAAUCAUACCGUUAGUUCUAUUAAUAGGUUCUGGUCUAGAUACACCACCAAGAAAACUGUUUCUGCAACCGAAACAUAGCGAUGGUUACAAGAAAACUAGUUUUUCAUGGAGACGAGUUGUUUUGUUCUUUUUGUGGGCUUCUGCUUGGGCACUAUAUGUUCUACUUCUGUGCGGUAUUUCUCUAAAAGAGUACAGUGGCCUCGGAGAAAUGUUUAAAAGAACGUAUGGGUUUAUUCUCAGCGUAGAAGAUUUAUCUCCAAACAUUGGUGUCUUGUGGUACUUCUUUGCAGAGGUUUUUGAUUUUUUUAGAGAUUUCUUCCUGAUAGUAUUCCAUAUAAACAUUCUUUUCAUGGUGUUACCGCUUGCUAUACGGCUACAUCACCGACCUUGCUUUCUAGCAUUUGUCUACAUUGCAAUCUCGUCUAUUCUCAAGUCUUAUCCUUCGGUUGGCGACUCCGCUCUUUACUUGGGCUUACUGGGCCUGUUUGUCAAUGCAUUAGCUGAUAUGCAAUUCUCAUUUUUUCUUUUCUCUGGGUAUUUGGGGACGUUACUUCUUAGCCCUGUGAUGAACAACCUGUGGAUUUGGCGGGGAACAGGAAAUGCAAACUUUUACUUUGCUACUGCAAUGGCUUAUGCUUGUUUUCAGAUUAUCUUAGUUGUGGAGAGUGUAAGUUCGAUGCUUAACCAUGAUAGAGCUCUAAAGAAAGGUGCUACAACGGUUGCAAAAAAGGUACAAUAGUAGUACAGGAGGCUAUGCAUGAUUAAGCGAAAUCCCAGGAAGCUUGUUCUCAAGAGGCAAUCUGCACUUGUGACCAGGCUUUUUUUAGAUUGUUUUUCUUUUGGGACAUACGAAUAGUUGAAUACGCAGCAUAUGAGUUAAAUGGUUUCAUCACAGUUAGGUUAAAUCACAUUUUUCUGCAGUAUGGCAUGUAAUGUUGUUUUCAUCUUCAAUAUUAGGUUCAAUCACAGUUUUCUGCUUAGCUAGGUUGCACCAUAUGCGCACACACGUACUUUAUGGUGUACUUGUAAGAUUUUUUUUUUUUUAAUAAAAAUAAUUUGUAGUUAUUUU